AAAAAAACUUUUUUUUUUAAAAAAUAGUUGCAGAUUUAUAGAGUUGCAGGUCCAAUCAAAGAACUUUUUCCGCUGAAUCAUUUGAAAGUAGGCUGUCAAACCAGGUGAUACGUUACCUUCAAAUAUUCUGUUUCCUACAAAUAAGAACACGCUCCCGUGGACUCACAACACAGCCAUCAACCCCGGACGCCAGCACUUCACCCCUCUCACCCUUGGAGCCUGGCAUUUCGCCAGUUGUUCCGAUAACAUUUACAGUGAAAGGACCCGUUCAGAAUUGCACAUUAUACGUAGUUAUCUCGUCUCUUUCAUUCUGGAACAGUUCUUUACUUUUUCCUCCCAUUAUCUUUCUUAAAAGCAUAGUCAUUGAUUUUUAGUAAAUUUACAAAGUUGUACAACCAUCAGCACAAUCAAAUAAUAGAAUGUUUCCAGCACCCUCCCACCCCCCAAAAAACGUAUCCAUUUGCAGUCACUACCUCUUCCCACGCCCAGCCAACCACGAAUCUCUCUCUGCAGAUGUCUUUCCCGAUCAUUUCAUACAAAUGGCAUCAGAAUAUAUAUGGACUUUUGUUUUUCGGAUCUGUCUUCUUUCACUUAACAUACUGUUUUUGAGAUUCAUUGGUAUUAUAGCAUGCAUCAGUACCUAGUUACUUUUUAUUGUCAAAUAGUAUUCUGUUGUGUGGCUAUACCAUUUUGUUCAUCCAUUCACCAUUUGGUGGACAUUUGGAUUGUUUCCACAUUUUGGCUAUUAUGAGUAGUGUUAAAGAUCUGGACACUUUGGAAUGUUAUAAGCUAGUUGUUUUUUACAGUGUCUUAAUUUGAGCUUAUCUGCCAGACUUCUGUGAGUUACUCUUUUUCCUUAUUAUUUUGUGGGGAGGUGCUUAGAAACCAUGAAAAUAUCCCAUUUUUCAUGAGACUUUCAAUUUAUUUAAGUGUAUCACCAAUGACUUAAGUUUGUAUUCUAGUGGGAUAUAGCUUAGUUGUUAUUACAGUAUACCAAACCAGCCCAAAACAUUUUAUUUAAAAAGCUCAAUAAUUCUUUGGGUCAGGAGUUCAGGCAGCAGUAGGGAGAUGACUCAUUUCGAUUCCACAGCGUCUGGGGCCCCAUUCUGGGAAGACUCAAAGGCUGGGGCUGAUAUGACAGCUAUGGGCUUUAGAGCCAUCUUUGCACAAGUGUCUGGGGUUGAUGUGGGGCGACACCUCCAUGGUCUCUCCACUGGGCUAGUUGAGCUUCCUCACAACAUGGUGUCUCGAUUUCAAGAGUGAUGGUCCCCAGAGAGUAGGCAGAAGCGUGGCGUUUUUAUGGUCUAGCCUUGGGAGUCACAUGGUAUUACUGCUGCCAUACUUUAUUGGGUGAGGUGGCCACAAGGUUCUGCCCAGGUUCAAAGGGUGGGGACAUAGAUGCCCUCACUAUUUUGGAGGAGUGUCAAAGUCAUAUUUGUGAGAGCUCGUGGGGUGGGAGAUAGCGUUGCAUUAUCCGUUAGUCUCAUUUAUUUGAUACCCAAGUUGUCCCAUGUUUGGCUUUUGGGAACUUCUUUAUACUGGCUUCUUUUGAGUCCUUUUGACAAGUGUCAUCAUUCUUUGACCAACUCCCUUAUUUUCUGACACAAGAUGUUCUAGAAUCAUCUUGUCUUUUCUAGCCCUAGAAUCAGACCUUUUUCCAAGGGGCCCUGGUUCCUUUUAAUGAAAAGAGAUAUUUGGACAGUAAGAUUCAGACCUUGGGCAUGUUGACUGCCACCGGAGUGUGCCACUGCUCCGAGCCUUGUUCAAUGGGCAGAGCAGUGGCGCGCGCUUACACCCACACACAACUAGUUUUUAUGUACGUAUUGAAAGCAGUAAGGUCACACUUGUACCUUUUUUUCUGGUCAAGUAGCAUAGGGUUUAUUUUAAUUGUAUCCUUUUCAGAUGUUAUAAAAACAGCUGUAUUGAGAUGUAAUUUGCAGACCAUAUAAGUCGCCUAUUUAAAGUGUGCGAUUCAGUGGCUCUUAGUGUAUUCGCAGAGUUGUGCAGCCAUCACCACUGUCAUUAUUCCCCUAAGAAACUCGAUUCCCCUUAGCUGUCACCCUCCAGUCUUAGUCCUCGGCAACCAGUGUUCUGUUUUCUGCCUCCAUAUAUUUGUCCUGGACACUUUGUAUAAAUGGAAUGACAAUAUGUGAUCUUUUGUAUCUGGCUUCUAGCAUAAUGUUCCCCUAGGGUUGUCCACGUUAUAGCAUCUUUUUAGAGCCAAAUAAUAUUCCAUUGUAUGGGUAAACCACAUUUUAUUUAUGCAUUCAUCAGUUGAUGGAAGUUUGGGUUAUUUCUGCCUAUUAAGAAAAAUGCCGCUAUGAACUUUCCUGUAGAAGUUUUUCUGUAGAUGCACGUUUUUAAUUUCUCUUGGGCGGAAUCUUUGGAGGGACUGCCAGACUGUUGUGCAGCUGGCUGCACCGUGUUCCGUUACUCCUGGCCGUGUCUGAGAGUCCAGUUCCUCCACAUCCUUGUCAACACUUGUUCUUUUCUAAGAAUUAUAGCCGUCCUUGUUGCUGUAAAGUAGUAUCUGAUUUUGGUUUUGAUUUGCAUUUCCACAUGGUUGAUGUUGUUUAGAAUCUUUUAAUGUGCUUAAUGUACGUCGUCUUUGGAGAAUUAUCUGUUCAGCUCUUUUGCCCAAUUUUAAGUUGGAGUAUUUGUCCUUUAAUUAUUGAAUUAUCAAAAUUCUUUAUAUAUUCUGGAUAUAAGUUACUUAUCAGAAGUACGAUUUGCAAAUAUUCUCUCCCAUAUUUAGAUUCUCUUUUCACUUCUUAGGUGGUUUCCAUUGAAGCACAAAAGUUUUCAAUUUUUAUGAAGUCCAACUUACCUAGUUUUUCUUUUGCUGCUGGUGCUUUUUGAUGGUGUAUCUAAGAAUCUAAGGUCAUGAGGAUUUAUACCUAUGUUUUUUUCUGAGAGUUUUAAAGCUUUAGCUCCUACAUGGAGGCGUGUGACCCAUUUUGAGUUAAUUUUUGUGUGUGAUGUAAGAGUGCAACUUCCGUCUCGAGUGUGGAUGUUCCAUUGUCCAAGUGUCAUUUGUUGAAACUUAAUGUCAGUGUGUUACCAACUCUGUUAAAAAAAAAAUACAUGCAUAUAUUCUUAUUAUAGUUUGUUUUCUUCCCUUGUAAGGAAAAUUUCAAAAAUGUUUCAAAUUCCUGUGGAAAAUCUUGACAACAUCAGGAAAGUACGGAAAAAGGUGAAAGGCAUUCUUGUGGAUAUCGGGCUUGACAGCUGCAAGGAGUUGCUGAAGGACCUUAAAAGCUUUGAUCCAGGAGAGAAGUACUUUUAUAACACAUCAUGGGGAGAUAUUUCUCUCUGGGAACCUUCUGGAAAGAAAGUGAGGUAUCGCACGAAGCCUUACUGUUGUGGCCUCUGUAAGUACUCCACAAAGGUGCUUACUUCAUUCAGAAAUCACUUACAUCGCUGCCAUGAGGAUGAGACUGACCAGGAGCUAGUGAUCCCUUGCCCGAACUGUGUCUUUUCGUCUCAGCCCAAGGUGGUGGGAAGGCACUUCAGAAUGUUUCACGCGCCGCUGCGCAAAGUCCAGAACUACACGGUGAACAUCCUUGGCGAAACCAAACCCUCGAGGAGCGACGUGAUCAGUUUUACGUGUUUAAAAUGUAACUUUUCAAACACUCUGUACUACAGCAUGAAGAAGCAUGUGCUGGUAGCCCAUUUUCACUACCUGAUUAACUCCUACUUUGGCCUGAGAACUGAGGAAACGGGUGAGCAGCCAAAAACGGACGAGACCCCUCCUACUGAGAAGAUGCCACCGCCUGACAAGUAUUACUGUAAAAAGUGCAACGCCAAUGCCAGCAGCCAGGAUGCUUUAAUGUAUCAUAUUUUGACGUCAGAUAUCCACAGGGAUUUGGAGAAUAAGCUUAGGUCCGUGAUCUCCGAGCACAUUAAGAAGACUGGGCUUUUGAAGCAAAUGCACAUCGCUCCCAAGCCAGCCGUCAGCGUGGCCAGACCCUCGCCCAGCAGUGCGCCCGGCGCCCCGGCGCCUUCUCCCUUCCUGUCCCGUGGAGCCCCGCUGCGUCCGUCGGCAAGUGCUCCUGCCUUGCCCUUGAGCCGGCCAGGGGGACCUGUCAGCAAGCCCGCUGGGACUGGGGUCCUGCGCCCCACAGUCUUGCCCCUCAGUCAGCCUGUCGGGCCCCCCAGCAGACCAGUCGGGUCUGGCGUUCUUGCAGUGAACAGACCUGUUGGGUCUGCUGUCCUUCCCGUCAGUCCCUCUGUCCCCCCUGGGGUUCUUCAGGCCGUCUCACCAGGAGUGAUCUCUGUGAGUCGGACAGUCCCAUCAGGUGUCCUUCCUACAGGCCAGAUGACACCUGCUGGGGUCAUCCCUUCCGGACAGACGGCAACUUCGGGGGUUCUCCCUGCCGGCCAGAUGGUCCAGUCAGGGGUUCUCCCCGUUGGCCAGACGGCCCCACCGGGAGCUCUACCCCCAGGGCUGACGGUCCCAUCACGGGUCCUCCCUCCUGGCCAGGCGGUCCCGCUGAGGGUGCUUCCGGCAGGCCAGGUGGUCCCAUCCGCGCUCCUUUCCCCCAGCCAGACGGCCCCGUCCGGCAUCCUCCCUGUGAGCCAGGGCGUCGCCUCUGGCGUGCUCCAGCUCGGCCAGCCCGUCGUGCCGGCGGUGCUCCCCAUGAGCCAGCCUGUGCGGCCUGGUGUCCUGCAGCUCAGCCAGUCUGUGAACACUGGCCUGCUGCCUGCAGGGCCGCCCGUGAGGGCUGGCACCUCCCAGAACACAACCUUCCUGACCUCGGGUUCCAUCCUCAGACAGCUGAUACCGACUGGGAAGCAAGUGAACGGGAUCCCCACCUACACCCUGGCCCCAGUGUCUGUCACUUUGCCUGUGCCACCUGGCGGCGUCGCCACCGUCGCCCCUGCCCAGGUGCCCAUCCAGCUGCUGCCGUCGGGCACGGCCACACAGGUGGCCAGCUCCGUGGCCGGCGUGGCGUCUGCCCCUGCGGGGGCUAGUGCGGCACCGCACGUGCUCGUGCAGGCCUCUCCUGCCGCACCGGAGGCCGGCCAGGCACUCAGGCAGGCGAAGCAGUGGAAGACCUGCCCCGUCUGCAACGAGCUCUUCCCGUCCAACGUCUACCAGGUUCACAUGGAGGUGGCGCACAAGCACAGCGGGCCCAGGCCCGCCGACAAGCUGGAGCCCGAGAAGCUGGCCGCGUGCGCGCCCUUUCUGAAGUGGCUGCGAGAGAAGACCGUGCGCUGCCUCUCCUGCAAGUGCCUGCUGGCGGAGGAGGAGCUCGUCCAGCACCUGCUGAUGCACGGCCUGGGCUGCCUGUUCUGCCCACGCACGUUCCACGACAUCCGGGGCCUGUCGGAGCACAGCAGGGCGGUGCACCCCGGCAGGAAGAGGCUGCCGGUGGACUACAGCAGCAAAGGCUUUCAGCUGGACGUCGAUGCCAACGGCAGCCUGCUGUUCCCCCACCUGGACUUCGUUACCGCGCUGCCCAGGGCAGAGCUCGGCGAGCGGGAGGUCUACCUGGCGGUCUUGGCCGGUAUACACUCCAAGUCGCUCGUGCCCGUGUACAUCAAGGUGAGGCCUCAGGCUGAGGGCGUGCCCGGGAGGCCCGGCAAACAGGCGCUGACCUGCCCCUUCUGCUUUGGCACCUUUGUGACGGCCGAGGCGUAUGAGCUGCACCUGAAGGAUAGGCACCACAUCACGCCGACAGUGCACACGAUUUUGAAAUCGCCGGCUUUCAAGUGCAUCCACUGCUGUGGGGUCUACACUGGCAACAUGACGCUGGCGGCCAUCGCCAUUCACCUGGUGCGCUGUCGAAGUGCCCCAAAGGACAGCAGCUCGGACCUUCGGGUCCAGCCGGACUUCAUCGAGAACAGCGAGCUGCUUUUGGUCAACGGCGAGGUGGUGCACGACUCCGGUUUCUCUGUGAAGAGAAAGCUGCCUGAUGGCCACUUUGGGGCAGAGGACCAGAGAGAGGAGGAGGAACGGCCUCCUGUCGUAAACAGCGAUGCUGCCCCGGCCCCUGAGAAGGUCACCAGUGUCACGCCUUUUAAAAGACAAAGGAGUGAGAGCAGGACGGAAGGACCACUGGUGGUCAGUGACGACACGCUUCAGAUUUUAGCAUUAAACCCUAAAAAAUAUGAAGAUCGUUCUUAUGAAGAAAAAAAGCAAUUCCUUAGAGAUUAUUUUCACAAGAGACCAUAUCCUAGUAAAAAGGAAAUAGAACUGCUAUCCUCACUCUUAUGGGUGUGGAAAAUUGAUGUGGCUUCGUUUUUUGGAAAAAGAAGAUAUAUUUGCAUGAAAGCAAUAAAAAAUCACAAGCCUUCUGUACUUUUAGGCUUUGAUAUGUCUGAACUUAAAAAUGUUAAACAUAGAUUGAAAUUUGAGUAUGAACCACAAACCUUGUAAAAAAAAAUUAGGACAUUAGUGGUUUUUUCAAUUGAGAUUUAAAAAAUGUUAUUUUCUUCACUGUAUGUUGAACUAAUAAUCAAUUUCAGUGGUCUUUAUGCUGCUCUUUAGACGUAUUUCAGGUGCUGAGCGAGACUUCCAUAUGAAGACGUGGUAGUUCUGAGUUGUUUCCUGCAGUUUGAUUUUGUCACAAUUAUUUUUAGUAUUUUCCUCUCAAGUAAAUUAAAUCCUUUGAUAUUUCACGCACGCCUUGUUUUUCCAGUAGAGUCAGUAUCAGUAUGAUAAAAACUGAAAUCUUACACGUGUUGGUUUUCUCAUUUAAGGAAGUGUCAGCUUGUUUCAGAAUACUUAAUUAACUGCAAAUCAAAGCUUUGAUCUCUUUCAGCUUCACAUGCAGCCAUAAACGAUGUGGUAAACGUUUAGAAAAGUGAGUACAACCCCUGUGCCGUGUCCGAGCGCACUGCAUUAGCGUACGCUGGUUUCUUCUCUGUAAGACAUUUGCUUAUUAGGUUAUGGUUUUCAUUGACAUUUUUUCCAGUUUGUCCUAUCAGCUGUUUUUGAUUAUAACUCAUAGAAAACCAAAUGUUUUCAUUCGUUAAAAAUUAUACUGAACCCGAAAACUGGUAUUUAGGUCAUAAGAGAUAUUUUACAAAUGAAGUAACUCCGUAGGUGCAGAAUAACUUCUCAGUGUGUGCUCUCCCCUCGUUUUGAUAUGGCGAUGUCAUUUCUCCAGAGGUAAGAUGACAGAUCUUUAGUGCCUUUAGAAUAAACACUGAAAACACACAAAACUCCCCUAACUCUUCAUAACCAGUGGAAGGGAAGGACUGUGUUGCUCAGGAGUGGACACUGAAGCCUAAGCGUGGAUGUUCAGGGAGGGGGCGAAUCAGUGGGCCGAGAGCCGAGCCUCUGUGGUGGGUCCAUUAACCUUUGACGUUUCCUGGGUCAACGUGUUCAGAUCAGGGACGUGGGCGUUCGCCUAGCCUGGUGUCGGCUCACGGGGCGGGUGUUGCCAAAGAACGCCCCAGUGUUGGCUGUCCUUGGGACAGUUAAACCUCGGUAUUUGUUGUUGUUUGUUUGUUUUAAUUUCACAUAAUAACAAUUUAAAAAUUUAAAGCACCAGAACCAGUAAUGGAGACCAGCCAGUGUAGACCUUACGUCAUGGUGCUGGUGGUACACAGCAGAGGCACCUAUCCAAUAGAUUCAGAGAAUAUGACAUUUUCUGGGAAAUAAGAUGUUACGACAUGGGUUUUAAAAAGUACACUUGCAUGUAAUUGCUAUACUGUGCAUUUUUGAGGCAGUCGUGAAAGUGGUCUGUGUGGCGUACUCUUGUAAAUUCAAAAAGAGCUUGUCGAAGUUUAUUUUUUUUUUACCUAUUGUUUUCAGAGUGUCUAUUUUGAAUUAAAAUUUGUUAUACCACUGCAAA